AUGGCGUGGACGGAUCCAGAUAGCUGGGCGACUCGCCUCGUCUCUGGAGAUCCCUGGAUGAUUCUGCUUGCUUUCCUAAUAACGUUGACCCUGCCGGUUCUGCUGCAUUUCUACUACUACACCUCGAGCCGCCGCGUAGACUUCACGCCCACAUUUCUUCUGUUGGGGCCUUCUGGUAGUGGAAAGACUAGCCUCCUGACGCUGCUCCAACAACACUCUACCAGCUCAGACUCUUCUGAAGCAGCGACAACACGAAUCUCUCAGAUCCCCUCAACGACUAAACUACUUCUACCCGCCUCGGUUCCGCUCGCGUCGAACAAGUACCGAUCGAAAAACGACCAUGCGCUCCAAGAUGCCGAGAGACAUCGGGCGGCGUACAACAUGAUUGACACCCCGGGCCAUGGAAAAUUAAGAGAAGAACAGGCUUUGUCGCACCUACAAAACCAAGCACUACGCGGAAUCAUAUUCGUCGUCGACUCUGGUGCCUUGGAUUCUACGGACCCUGCAGCGCUAAGAGACACUGCGUCCUACCUGCACGACAUCUUGUUCACUCUGCAGUCAAGAAAGACUGGGAAGGGCACGACCAAGGACGUGCACGACAUACCAGUCCUAGUGGCAGCCAACAAGCAAGACCUGUUCACUGCAUUACCAGCCGGUGCUGUCCGGGAUCGACUCCAGAAUGAGAUCGAGAGAGUGAAGGAGUCUCGCCGGAAAGGCAUCAGCACUGUGGGCAAGGAAGACAAUGAGGACGAGGAGGUACUCGGCGGUGGUGGAGAGGAAAAGUUCAGUUUUAAGUUGAUGCAGGAGGAAUAUGGCAUUGAUGUCGAUGUUAUCGGUGGCGCCGUCAAGGGAGAGGAAGCGGGCAAAGGCGUUGGAAAAUGGGAGGAAUGGCUCGGAGGCCUGUUAUAG